GCAGAAGAGAUACUGCAGGAAUGUGGACUGGUCCAGGCCAGCCCCCUAGAAGAAAGAUACACACUUGCUCCUACUGUGGCUAUUCCACCAUGUAUAGUACAGGCUUAAAGAGGCACAUGCGUUCUCAUACUGGGUACAAACCCUAUGCUUGUCCGCACUGUGAAUACAGCACAAUUACUAAGUAUCAUCUGCAGCGGCAUAUUCGCAUCCAUAAUGGUGGAGCGGGACACAAACCCUCAUUGGGCUGGUGGAAGAAGAACAGCAGGGGAAUGGCAGAGCCCCCCUAUCACCUCUGGCAGGGUGCACCAAUGUCCGCACUGUGCCUACAAUACAAACGAUUCCUUUAAGUUGCGUAGACAUAUAUUAAAGCAUACUGGAGAGAGACCUUUCUCUUGCCCGUAUUGCUCUUAUGGCACUACUCGGAAAGAACUUCUCAAGGAACACAUUAAUGUCCAUACUGGUGAGAAACCUUAUAACUGUCCCCAUUGUCCGUACAGUGCAUCUCAGAGAAGUUGCUUAAAUGUCCACCUGAGGAGACAUGCUCCCAAUGAACGGUCAUUUACCUGUCCAUACUGUCCUUUCAAAACAUUCCAAAAGUCUAAGUUGAAUACCCAUGUGUUAACUCAUAAGGCUGGAUAUCAUAUUCCCUGAGGAAAGGAAAACUGAAGUUGGAUGUGUAUUCAUUGCCUCUGUUGUGAAAGUAAGGUACCUCUCUGUUAACAUGAGCUACAACUUGCAUAAGUGACUAGAAAUUCUGAGUGUAUAAAAUAUAAUCCCUUGGCGGCUAGUCUGUUGUAAGAAAAUGGAACAAGCUCAAGACUACUGGCUAUGUGAUCAUGAAUUAGUGUUUAUGUCUUACUUUAUAGGAAACUUUUAGGGAUGCUAGAGGUUAUUUUGUUGGAAAAGCUUCAAGGCAUUGUGUAUCCUAUAACCCAGUAAAUAUUAUAUUGAUUCUUUUGAGUAUAGAAAAGUAAGAAAAUCAUGAAAAUUGUUUGACAGAUAU